GCUCCCCCUCUCCCUCUCUGCUUUAAAGUGUGGGGCAGGCAGCGCUCACAUGUUACUUCCUGUAUGGGAGAAUGGAGACAGCCCAGAGCCAGCGGCACCGAGCAGCUACCCCCACCCCCUGCCUGCAGGAUUAGCGACCCCCGCACCGUCUCUGUGCCAGGAUAUUACCCCUCUGCCUGUAUGAGAUCCCCCGCUCUCCAACUUCCCAUCGCAAGUAACCCCUGCUGCCCCGGCGGGGCCCCGGAUCUACCCCCUUCCCAGGGCAUCUUGUGGGGGGGUCGUUGCCUCGGAGGUGACAGAGCCGACCAGUUGCCCCCAGUGGCCCCCGGGCCCCAAUGUGCAUGUCACCAUGCGGAGAAUCCUGCAGCCCGGUUGGUGGAUCUUGUUCCUGAAAAUCACCGCGUCGGUGCUGCCCUAUGUGCUGUGUUACCCCGCAUUCACGGAGGGUAACUCCGGAUCUCUACAUGGGAACAGACCUGGCAGCACCGUGCAGAUACGGAGGCGGAAGGCACCCGCGGAGCCCUACUGGUCCUAUUCUGGGGUCUAUGGUCCCGACAACUGGGUGACGUCGAACGCGGAUUGUGGGGGGAUGCACCAGUCUCCGAUAGAUAUUUCUGAUUACAGCACACACAUCCAGGAUGAGGUCCGGGAGCUGCAACUUGAGGGAUUUGACAAUGAGUCUUCUAACAAAACCUGGAUGAAAAACACAGGGAAGACAGUUGCCAUUCUCCUGAAGGACGAUUAUUUUAUCAGUGGAGCUGGGCUACCCGGCCGGUUUAAGGCGGAGAAAGUGGAAUUUCAUUGGGGUCAGAGCAAUGCGUCAGCCGGCUCAGAACACAGCAUUAAUGGCAGAAGAUUCCCCGUUGAGAUGCAGAUUUUCUUCUACAACCCCGAUGACUUUGACAGUUUCGGAACCGCCAUCUCCGAGAAAAGGUUGAUUGCCGCCAUGUCGGUUUUCUUUCAGGCUACACAAAGAAACAAUCCUGCCCUGGACCCAAUUAUUCAUGGACUGAAGGGCGUUGUCCAUCAUGAAAAGGAGACGUUCCUGGAUCCCUUCAUUCUGAGAGAACUCCUGCCCUCGUCCCUCGGAAGCUUCUACCGGUACACGGGUUCCCUGACGACCCCCCCCUGCAGCGAGAUAGUGGAAUGGGUGAUUUUCAGCCGCCCCGUUCCAAUUUCCUACCAUCAGCUGGAGGCGUUCUAUUCCAUAUUCACCACGGAACAACAGGACCACGUCAAAUCCGUGGAUUAUUUGCGCAACAACUUCAGGCCGAGGCAAAGCCUGAAUGACAGGGCCGUGUACAAAUCCGCCGUGAAAGACGCGUGGAGCCCGGACAUGAUGGACUACUUAGACAGCCCGUUUGGCACCGAAGCUUCUAAAGUUUGCAGCACCCCUCCAGUGAACAUGAAGGUGCACCCCGUAAACAAGACGGCGUUGCUGGUAACGUGGAACCAACCCGAGACCAUUUACCACCCACCGGUGAUCAGCUUCAUGGUCUCCUACAGUUGGACCAAGAACGACGAGGCCAAGGAGAAGACAUUCACGAAGGAAAACGACAAGGACCUGAAAGCCGUCAUUAACCACGUUACGGCGGAUAUCCUCUACCUGUUCCGGGUUCAGGCGGUGUGCCAGAAUGACUUGCGCAGUGACUUCAGCCAGACCAUGCUGUUCCAAGCCAAUACAACACGAAUAUUUGAAGGGACCAGGAUCGUGAAAACAGGCGUGCCUACUGUUUCUCCUGCCUCCUCCGCCGACAUGGCACCAAUCAGUUCUGGAUCAUCUACGUGGACUUCUUCAGGCAUUCCCUUUUCUUUUGUUUCCAUGGCAACUGGGAUGGGCCCUUCUUCUAGCGGGAGUCAAGCGACUGUGGCUUCCGUGGUGACCAGUACUUUGCUUGCGGGUCUUGGCUUUAGCGGUGGUGGUUUGCCUUCCUUUCCUAGCACUGUGUGGCCAACGCGCCUUCCUACUACUGUUUCUUCUACUAGUAAGCAGGCGGCCAAACCUGUUGUCUCCACCACUGAACCUUUGCCGUCCACAGGCUCAGACAGUGAUGCUUCCCCCAACAAAAGCAAGGAAGGAGCAGAAGAAGGAGAAAAGAAUGAAAAUAAUGAGGGAGAAGAGGGCGACCGGGACCAGGACGAGGAGGGCGAGAAAGAGUCUGAGAAGAAGGAGAAAAGUUCUUCAACACGUUCUUCAGAGGUCCAAAACCACACCGAGUCCACCCCAACUGCAGUCUCCACCGAUAAAGUAGCAGAGGCCGGUGCCAAUGAGACUAUAACUGAUCCGCGGCAAAAUGGAAACACUUCUUUAAUAGAACCCCAGGAAACUAAGCCGAGUACGCCUGGGGCCACCGCCGGCCCAUCACACCCCGCUGUGACCUCCAUAGAAGACUAUUAUGUAGAUCUGACCACCACAAUGCACAGAUCAAGGUCAAAAGAGUACAGUGAAGGUGACACAGAAGUGGACAUCAGAUUCUUCACCGUUAACCCAGACCCCCAGAUUAACUCCAGUAUGGCUAUGUGGCCCCAUCCUGGGAAGAUGGAAUGGAUCAUACCGCUGGUCGUGGUUUCAGCUUUAACAUUCGUGUGCCUAAUCCUCCUCCUAGCUGUGCUGGUAUACUGGAGGAAGUGUUUCCAAACCGCGCAUUUCUACGUGGAAGACAGCAGCUCGCCCCGGGUUAUUCCCAACGAGAGCAUUCCCAUCAUUCCCAUUCCAGAUGACAUGGAAGCCAUUCCCGUUAAACAAUUCAUUAAACAUAUCAGCGAGCUUUACUCGAAUAACCAGCACGGAUUCUCCGAGGAAUUUGAGGAAGUGCAGCGGUGUACGUCCGACAUGAACAUCACGGCGGAACACUCCAACCACCCAGAUAACAAGCACAAGAACAGAUACAUCAACAUUGUGGCGUACGACCACAGUCGGGUAAAGCUGAGGCCUCUGCCAGGCAAAGAUUCCAAGCACAGCGACUACAUUAAUGCCAAUUAUGUGGAUGGUUACAAUAAAGCCAAAGCUUACAUCGCUACCCAGGGACCUUUAAAGUCAACUUUUGAAGAUUUCUGGAGAAUGAUUUGGGAGCAAAAUACCGGGAUCAUUGUUAUGAUAACAAACCUGGUGGAGAAAGGAAGGAGAAAAUGUGACCAAUAUUGGCCGACAGAGAACAGCGAUGAAUAUGGAAACAUCAUGGUGACCCUGAAGAGCACAAGAGUCUACGCUUGUUACACUGUCCGGAAAUUCACCAUCAGGAACAUGAAAAUGAAAAAGGGGCAGAAAGGGAACGCCAAGGGGCGGCACAACGAGAGGACGGUGAUGCAGUAUCACUACACGCAGUGGCCCGACAUGGGGGUACCGGAAUACGCGCUGCCCGUCCUGACCUUCGUUAGGCGCUCGUCUGCCGUGCAACUGCCAGAGAUGGGGCCAGUCCUCGUGCACUGCAGCGCCGGAGUCGGAAGGACCGGCACAUACAUUGUGAUAGACAGCAUGUUACAGCAAAUUAAGGAUAAAAGCACCGUUAAUGCUCUGGGUUUCCUGAAGCACAUCAGAACACAGCGCAACUACCUCGUCCAGACAGAGGAACAGUACAUCUUUAUUCACGACGCCUUGUUAGAGGCCAUACUGGGUAAGGAGACGGAGGUGUGUGCCAAUCAGCUGCACAGUUAUGUGAACAGCAUCCUGACACCGGGCCCCGGAGGGAGGACCAGGCUUGAGAAGCAAUUCAGGUUGGUGACCCAGUGCAAUGCGAAGUACGUGGAAUGUUUCAGUGCCCAGAAAGACUCCAACAAAGAGAAGAACAGGAAUUCCUCCGUUGUGCCGUCUGAGCGUGCCAGGGUGGGACUAGCGCCAUUACCGGGAAUGAAGGGAACCGAUUACAUCAAUGCGUCUUACAUCAUGGGCUAUUUAAGGAGUAAUGAAUUCAUCAUAACCCAGCACCCCAUGCCGCACACGACGAAAGACUUCUGGCGAAUGAUUUGGGAUCACAAUGCGCAGAUCAUCGUCAUGCUCCCCGAUAACCAGAGCUUGGCUGAAGAUGAAUUUGUUUAUUGGCCAAGUCGAGAAGAAUCCAUGAAUUGUGAGGCCUUCACCGUUACCCUUAUCAGCAAAGACAGACUGUGUCUGUCCAACGAAGAGCAAAUUAUCAUUCACGACUUUAUUCUUGAAGCGACGCAGGAUGAUUACGUUUUAGAAGUUCGUCACUUUCAGUGCCCCAAGUGGCCCAAUCCGGAUGCUCCAAUCAGCAGUGCAUUCGAACUGAUCAAUGUGAUUAAGGAAGAAGCCCUGACGAGGGAUGGACCCACUAUUGUGCACGAUGAGUUUGGAGCCGUUUCAGCUGGAACGCUCUGCGCUCUCGCCACUCUGUCCCAGCAGAUGGAGAAUGAAAAUGCUGUUGAUGUUUACCAAGUGGCCAAGAUGAUAAAUCUUAUGAGACCGGGUGUAUUCACAGAUAUUGAACACUACCAGUUUCUCUACAAGGCGAUGCUCAGCCUGAUCAGCACGAAAGAAAACGGAACCAACUUGGCUUUGGAUAGAAAUGGUGCUGUUUUAAUCAGCGACGAGUCGGACCCCUCCCAAAGCAUGGAAUCUCUUGUUUAAACGGACCCUUUUAAGAGAAAAACAAAAAGGCACCAUUGAAGAUUGAGCGAACUUUUUGAGGCCUUUUUCUUUUGCCAGACUAUAGGUUAUACAAUAACCCAAUUACUUUUCUACACUGAUAUAAAAAAAAAAAAAAAAAAUUUUGAUAUUUAUUUUUUGCCAUUUUAUGUCUUAAUGGUAUCCUACUGAACAUUUGCGCCUCUGUUUAAUCCACACAGCGAGAAGCAAAGUUACCUAGUUUUGCACUAUUUGAUCAGUGUUAACUGCCUAGAAUUUUUUUCUAACACCCAAAAAAAAAAACAACGAGCCCUACGGGUGGGCGUUCCCGGAAAUCAGGAUACGGUCGGCGCUUGUCUCUCUUAGGUAACUCGGCGUUUUCAUUGUGGUAACUAAGCUCAAAGGGCAAACAAAGACUUUUUUAAAAACAAAGAAAUCAUUUUAAUCCAGUUUUAUAUAUUUUUCUUUUGUUUGCUCUUUUUUUUUCCCGGUUAAUAGAACGUCUGCAAUUUUUUGGAAAACACAAGUGAAUAUAUAUUCCAUAUAUACCCGCCCCCAACAUACAUAUUCUUACUCUCUGUAUAUAAACGCCACAGAUUCCCAUCAGAGCUGUCCAGUGUAUUAUGGCAUUCCAUUUACAGACUAUGAACUCACGUUGUAACAUAUCCUGUCCUGAUUGGUCGUCGUUGCGGAUUAUUUCUACGUUAUUGUUAAUUAUGCACAGUUUUGUUAUGCUUUUACCCUGCCUCGUUAUGAGUUGCUUCUAAUGUCUUAUCACAACUGAAAAUAUAUUUUUUUCUCAAAUUUUAAAA